AUGUCUGGAAAUCGUCCAAGUCCCCCUCCCCUCACAAUCACAACAACGACUCUCGUGCCACCCACCAAUUUUAUUGCUGUCUCUUCUAAUUCAUCAAGUAGUGGUGCACAAUCUUCAAUAUCAAAUUCCACGUCCGCAACCACGUUAUCAGCGAUUUCCUUGAUCGGGAAAUCGGCACUACCGAUUUCGAGAGCGGGAUUGACGAGGAAAAUGACGGAGCUUGCGGGUACGGGCACGGGGAAGCCGAGGGGGUUCGAUUAUAUUGUUAUUGGCGGUGGAAGUGGCGGGAGUGCGACGGCGAGGAGAGCCGCAGGUCCGAGGGAAAAGGGGGGCUGGGGGAAGAAGGUACUCUUAGUGGAGGAGGGGAAGAGUGGGGGGACUUGUGUUAAUGUUGGCUGUGUCCCCAAAAAACACACCUGGAACUUCUCUUCCAUGUCCGAAGCCCUCCGCGCUAGCCAACACUACGGCUACGAAACACCCUCCAAUAUCCUCUUCAACUAUGCCACCUUCAAAGCCAAACGCGAUGCCAACAUCGCCUCUUUGAAUCGUGGUUACGAAGCCAACUGGGCGCGCGAGGGCAUCACCGUCGUACGCGGAAUCGCCAAAUUCAUCUCCCCGCAAACCAUCGCUGUUGCAUUGGAAGAUGGAAGCGGUGUUGAGACAUUUGAAGCCGAACAUAUCUGUAUAGCUACUGGGGGAAAACCCAUUGUACCCAAAAUUCCCGGAGCGCAGUACGGGAUUACCAGUGAUGGAUUUUUCGGGCUCGAGGAAUUGCCCAAGAAGAUUGCGGUGGUGGGGGCGGGAUAUAUUGCAGUGGAGAUGGCGGGAAUGUUGAAUGCUAUGGGGGGAAUUGAGGUACAUAUGUUUAUCCGUGGGGAUACAUUCUUGAGGAAAUUCGAUCCCAUGAUCUCCGAGACGAUGACGAGAACGUAUGAGGAGGCGGGGAUUGUGAUUCAUAGGAGGUAUAAGGAGUUUGCAAGGAUAGAGAUGUUUAAUGGGAAGAAGAUGAUGGAGGAGAAAGUGUUGAAUUUAAGGUCGGAUGGGGAUGAUGGGAAGGGAUUAGUGGUUAAUGAAGUUUUGUGGGCGGUGGGCCGGAGUCCCGAGACGGAAGCGUUGGAUUUAGGGGUUGUGGGAGUGCAAACGGAUGAGAGGGGGUAUGUUAGGGUGGAUGAAUUCCAAAAUACAAGUGCGGGGGGUAUAUAUGCGUUGGGAGAUGUGACGGGUCAAUUGGAACUCACACCUGUAGCCAUAGCAGCCGGUCGCCUACUCUCCAACCGACUAUUCGGAUCGCCGCAAUUCGCAGAGUCCGCGCUCUCCUACAACCUCAUCCCAACCGUCGUCUUCGCGCACCCAGAAGUCGGCACGAUCGGGCUGACGGAACCUGAAGCGCUGCAAAAAUACGGGGCUGGCAAUCUCCACGUCUAUCACACGAAGUUUGCGGCCAUGUUUUAUGAUUUCUUCCCCGCGGAAGACAAGGUACAUGCGCCGACCGAGUUUAAAAUUAUUUGUGAGGGGGAGGAGGAGAGGAUUGUGGGGUUGCAUUUGAUAGGGUUGGGGGUAGGGGAGAUGUUGCAGGGGUUUGCGGUGGCCGUUAAGAUGGGGGCGAGGAAGAGGGAUUUUGAUGCCUGUGUGGCGAUUCAUCCGACGAGUGCGGAGGAGAUUGUUACGAUGAAGUAG